AUGUUAGCAGAAAGUCAUCAUGGAGCAGACAGUCCCAAGACAUGGGACAAUCUUGAGGCCAUUGCUUCUAAUCCACACUCUGCUACCGAGCCGAGCUUUGGACGACAGCAGCCAGCAAGGGGGAUAUCCAUGAGCGAUCCCAAAUUUAUUCUCUUUAAUGACAGAAAGGCUUCUGGGGAGGCAUCUGCCAAAACACUCCAGCAUCAUGACCCACCAACUACCGAUGUACCGAACAAUGUCAAGUGGAGAAACCUGCAAAGUCUUCUGCCUGAUAUUCAUCUUGCUCGGCUACUUUUUGAACAUUAUGUUCAGACUGCGGACUGUCUGCACCGCGAGAUUCAUGUUCCUUCCACGCGCACUCUCCUGGAGGCCACUUAUGAUGAACUAUCGGGAUCGAUGAUGGGGUUACAUGAAACGAUUAUCUUGUUCCUUUCCAUCUUCGCAUCCAGCGCCUUUUAUGUCUGCCAUUCACACUCCCACUCAGUAUCUGACCAACUGAAGGAUGCGUCGAAGUGGUACAAUACAUGGAAGGAGGCAGUCAUAUUUGCACUAUUGCAGCCAGAUGCAAUACGCUCGUCGUCACUAAUAUCUCUGCAGACAAUAUUGAUCAUGACGUACUUAAUAUGGGAUACGGAAGGCCAAUCAUCCAUGUUCCAUACCCUAAGAGGUAUCGCACAUUCGAAGGCAAUUCAAAUGAAGAUCCAUCGCCUCGACGCGCAUCAUCCAACAGAAGAUGACGACGUCAUUGUAACAGAACUCAAGCGCCGUCUCUGGUGGCAUCUUGCGUCUACUGACUGGUUUGUUCGAUCCUUUCAUCUCAAUUGCACAUAG